AUGUCGUCCGGCAAAGAAUUGGAAACCCCCCACACCUUGGCGUCGCUGCCAAAGCCCAUCGAUCCCGUCAACGGCCGUACUCUCGCAUCCACCGUUUACAGCUUGAGCGCCGCCCGGAAGAGAAAGAGGUCUGAGCUUGCUGUCAGCGUCGACGGAGAUGGGAUCAGCCUUUUUGACGUCCAAGCACCACGCCUGAUUACCUCCUAUGCCCUUCCUCCCCAGUCCUCAUUCACCGCACCUCCCUUCUCCGUGUACCUAAAGGCAAACAAGCAGCGUUCGGCAAAAAGAUUCACAUACGCGGCAGUCAAGGAAAGCUCCGGCAGUUCGCGGCACCAAAUCCUUUGCUUCUCCGAAGAAAUCCACACCACGCCUACUGGAAACCCGGAUAAGACUGCUUACACCAUACCACCUUCGUCUGGCAAAGUAUUUUCGAUCGACGCACUUCCAUUGAAGCCUUCCGAUGGCGCUAGCGAGGAUACCCACGAUAUUCUUGUCCUCUUUGAGAAUGGUCAGGUUGACUGUCUCUCCGCAAAUCUCCAGACCGUGAAAUGGUCCACGAAUGUAUUGGGCGCUUCCGACAAAGCGGUCGAGUUCUCCGCAUACACAGACGCAGCUACGGCAAAGCGCGGGCUCUUCAAGAGUCGCGAAGAUGCUAUCGCGGCACUUGAUCCUACCGGCGAAGCGGAAUCUGAAACACUCUCCGCAACAACUUUAUUGUGCUUGGUUGCGCGUCCUGCUGAUGAGGAGUCGUUCCGCACCGACGGGCGCAGCUUGUACGUCUGUGCUGUUCGUCCAAAGACUACUGGCGGCAUUACCAUCAACAAGCCCACCGUUCAGAGUCUUCUCACACUCAACCUCCCUCGCUCGCAUAUCGACUCGCAAGCUGACUCUCAACCUUCUUACUCCCUUCAUGUGUCCUCCGGCCUUCUCUACCAACUUGCUUCUGGCUCCAUCGUCACUUAUGACUUUUCCACCACUGUACCUCAGCUCAAGUCUGAGUUGACUGUGCCUGGUACACCUCUCCAAAACUUUGUCCGCGUUUCAUCGUCCCUUCUCAUGGCCGCGUCACCGAUAUCUUGCGCCCUCUAUGACGUCAAGUAUAACUCUGUGCAAGCCAUCCUACCUCUUGGCUCCGAGAAGAACGAAGAAUCUCAAAGCCGGAAGCGAAAGCAGCCCGUACUUGUGGACGCGCAAUCCCCCUUGGUCCUCCUGCAUUACGUAGCCGAGCUCGGUCUUGUGGUUGGCUUGGCAAACGACGAGCUCAUUGGGCUUCAAGUCGGCGCAGAGGUUUCUUCAAAGAGAAGCAAGGUUCGGGGCGGUCUUUUGAUUGACGCUAUUGGCAAGGGUGUUGGACGCAAGCCCGCAAACCUGGACGCGCCUUCGACAGGUUCUCAUCCGCUUGGAGUGUGCCUUCUUAAUCCUGCCGAUACUUCGAGUAAAGCAUGGCAUCGUACGCGCAAGCAGCUGGACGAGUUCAUCACGGACGAGGAUGUGAAGAAUUUUGAGGAGACUUUUGCACAAGAAGUUGGCAUUCAGCUUAGAGGAAAGAGCGCAGAAGAAGAGCAGACCAACGGAACUAAGGACGUCGAAAUGGCCGAUGGAUCUAAGGUCGAAGAACCGAAGAUGAACGGAGUUGAUGAGGAUGAUGACCAAGCUCUCCCGGAGUGGGAUUUCCCCGACACUCCGUGGGAUAUCAACUUACAGACGAAACGUCACAAGGCUGUCUACCUCUUGAGCAAGGUCUUUGACUUCUCAUCAGCUAAGAGAGAGAUAAUAGCACACGACCUACCGAACACGCCCUUGAGGAUACGAUUUUUCCCGCCAAAUGCGUUCCAAUGGCUCAUCUGGACUGGUUUCCUUACGACUGACAUGAUCAGGCAAGCUAUGCGUCAAGAGUCCACUGGCCUGCAAACUAUUUCCCCUGCGGAUGUCAUUGCGUCCAUCCUCAACUUCGACCCCGGAAUGCAGCUACUUUGCGAUGUUCUGAGGGGCCAUCCUGGCCUUGACGUUGACCUUGUCGUUCAGGCGAUCAAGGCUUUGGUGAAGAGUCUUGAGACAGAGUCUUUCCCUGAGAUAAAAGGACAGCUCACCAACCGCCCCGAGCAGAGUGAGAGCCGGGAUGAAGAGUCGGCAGACAAAGAAUUCGAUGCCGAAGCCGAUGCGGCAGCAUGGGCACUCGCCCGAGCCGAGUCAUUCGUGGACUCUGGAAUCCUCAUCCGCAGUCACUCCCUGCUGGAGGCAUUGACGAAGCUCCACACCUUCCCCGCUCCCCUUGUCUCACAGACUCUCCGCAAAUCCCUCACACAUAAGGAGAUCAUCUUCCUCAUCAACAUUCUCCGCCUAGAGCUCCACGAGGGUGGUUGGAUCAACACGUACUUGCAAGACGGCCCGCACGAUUCCGCCGAGUUUGGCGAUCCCUCCGACCGUGCCAUCGCCAUCAUCGCCGACCUGCUUGGCUGUGCUCUAGAUGCUAUUGGCGCCGCCGGCUGGCUCACCUCCGGGAAUGACGCCAAGGCUGACACCAUCCAGGCGCUACGCAUGGAGGUCUCUGCUGCACUUGAAGGUAUCCACGAAGCCGCAUUCAUGAAGGGCCUGCUGAACGACUUCCUGCGCUUCGGCUGGAAGCGGAAGACCGUGCAGCAUGGUCCUAGCGACAAGCGGGUGAAGGAGAAGGGCAAGCCGCUCACGCUUCAGCAGGCAGACGCCGCCGAGACGAGGAUCUUGCCGCUGGGUUUCAAGGUGGAAGGCAGGGUUCAGGACUCGAAGGUGGGCUUGAACGGAGAAGUGAAGCCGUUGACGAAGAGAGAAAUUGGUCACAAGAUUAGCAUGCGGGUGGGCAAGUAUAGCUUUGAGAGGAUUGAUGUGUAG